AUAAACUUCCGCUGCCUUAUCUCUUGCUCUCAUACAGGUAUUCCAUGUCCAACCUUUCGUGAAUCAUUCGCAGUUCAAAAAGUAUCACCCAGUCAAGCAGAGGGAAUGUUCCACAUCGUCCCACUGCCAUAAUGGACGUCCUCGACGGAGUUCCGCGGUGCGUCCUGGGCUACCAGGUCAAGACCCGCACCCAAAUCGUGCUGAGUUUCCUAGUUCCGGUGGUGUUUGAACUUCUCGUGUACUGCGUACUGAUGACGGCCGACGUGAUCGUGGUGGUGGAACACUUCCGCAACGGGAACCCCAGCUGGGCCUGGUUUACGCUGGCGUUCAUGUGGCUUCCGGCUGUGUCAUGCUUUGCUUCGGUUCUGUCCUCGCCAAGCCAGUGGCCUGAAACGGUAGGAUGUGACGAACGUACGGCGCGGUUUGUGGCGAAGCACUUGCUCGUGCUGACGCUGUUCCCGGUUGCGGCGUUCUAUCGGUUCAAUCGACGGAUCUUCUGGAGUAUUGAGGCGCUCUUCCAGGAGAAGGGAUCGUACGGACGGGUACAAGCGGUUGGUAAAAUCCGAGAGACUUCACCGUACGAGUUGUACCACUUUCUUCAAGCAUUCCUGCACGCCGCUCCGCAGAUGUCACUGCAGUUGUACAUCCUCUUGCGGGAUAAUACGUUCCGUAACUACGACACGGUGACGGCUCAGAUUGUGAGCGUAGUGUUCUCCUUCCUUACGAUGGCAUCAAUCAUAACUUCGUAUCAACGAUUCGAGAGCCAGAAGAUUGUUGGAAAGUGCUACCCAUGGAGUUCGGAUCAGCAGGUAGCGGCUCGAAAGAGGGAGUUCCUCAGAUCAACCAGUACAGCGGAAAGCUUGCUUGCGAGCGCCAAGCGCAAUCCGCUUGAAGGAGAUCCCAUGGUCCCCAACAUCAUGCGAAACUUCUACUCCAAGUACGGUGAAGGUCCGUCCUCACCCGGCAGCAAGAUCAUCAACGUGAACCCUAGUAACUUCGACCGACAGUCGUCCAAACAGCUUACCGAUCCGUACGCCAACUACACCGACGACGACAAGCUGGAAGUUGCCGACACGGUGGACUCGCAGUCCCCAACGGUCAGCUUCAAGCGAGAUCUGGUCGAGCACAUUGACGAGAUCCGACAGUAUGUCCGCCAAACUGAUGACCUCAAGCUGGCUACCAUACAAGCUGACAGCAGUGACGAAGAGUACGAGAAUCCGGUAGAGCUCGAUAAACCCCCGCGAUCCCCAGCCCCUCCAACUCCAGCCGCCAACGUGCUCAAGCGAGCAUCCGUUCUGCGCGACAUCUUCGUCUUUGACGUCGAGUGCUUCAUCAAAAGCCACGUGCCGCGACUUCCGGAGGGCAUGUUCGAGCACGAACGCAAACAGGACAACGAAAACGUCGACCAAACCGACGGAGACGCUCUCUCGCUGCCGUCACGGAGACAAAUGAUCACCGGUCUGGAAGAGGACGACCUCGUCGGUAAAGCAGUCUCCUUCACCGGCUGGGUCAUGUUCCUGCUGAUGCGAAUGAUCGCCCUAUCCGUGUUCUACGUGUUCUUCCCGCUCUACUUCUGGAUGCUCUGCGUCAACCACUACUUCCUGAUGAUCGCCUGCAUCAUCUACGAAGUUCGGUUCCACGAGAAGCUGGAACGGUACUACUUCUACCUCUUCCUAGCCUACAUCUAUCUGUUCUCCCUCCUGGAGUUCAAAAUUAAGUUCAUCCACGUGCGCACCUGGUACGUCGGCUACGUCACCCUGGUAUUCAUCGAAAACAUCGCCAUGAGUGUGCUGUGGUACAACCUGGGCUCCUUCGAUUCGUGGUGGUUCGACUUUCUGCACUAUCUGACCGUCGCCAGCGGCGUGCUAAGCCUGCUGUGUUUGCUGUUCUACUAUGCGUUCCUGCGGCCGAAAGAUAAGGUGCUGUUCGUCAACUGAGGUGGAAAGUGGGCCUGUUAUCUAGACGUGCAAUGAAUGUCACUGUUGUGCAUCACAGCAACAAAAUCGAUUUAGUAUUAAUCUCCACAACUAUGCAUUCGAAUAAUGAUAAGAAAUACAAUUUAUGAAAACUUCUA